AUGGAUCAAACCUACAAGCCCACUCCAUCGGCGCCUGUUGUACGUCUCAUGGUCCUCGAGACCGACAAACCUCAUCCAGAGACAUAUUCGGGCGGGAGAAGCUUUGGCAGAAUCGUCCAUGAGCACUUUUCCAAAGCUGGCGGUGCUCAUCAUCCACCUCUGGGCGUGGAAACGGAUCAAGUCUUUGUCGUGUCAGACUACGGCGGUCGGGUUCCAACUGUAAAGGAAUUUGACGAUUUUGACGGUCUGCUGAUUACCGGCAGUGUGUACGAUGCGCACGGAAACAACCCAUGGAUUCUCGAUCUACUGGAGCUUCUCAAGGACCUCUGGAUCAAGCGCCCUGAUUUCCACUUUGUGGGAGUUUGCUUUGGUCACCAACUCCUCGCUCGCCUCCUUGGAGGCUCUGUCGGGCCCGCGCCUUCACAAGACUGGGAAUUAGGCCACUGCCGAAUCAACCUCACAUCUGUCGGGCAACGCUUGUUCCGCACUCGCGAAGGCCAUGUAUAUUUGCACCAGAUGCACCAGGACCAAGUAGUCUCCCUGCCGACUGCUGCAUCUGCGGGUCCAGAUAUGAUAUCCCCAGGUACUGAAAUUGCCUGCUGGGGACAAACUGAGCAUACACCUAUUCAAGGGUUGUACAUCGCCAAUCGGCUUUUUACUUCACAGGCACAUUUGGCGUUUGAUGAGGAUAUGGUAAAAAGACAGAUCCAGAUCCGGGUCGAUGGUGGUGGAAUCAUAGACUUCGACCAUGCAAACCGUGCAGCCGAGACAGCGCACCUGGAACAUGAUGGCGUAGAGGUUGCUAAGGCUAUCUUGAGAUUAUUUGUAUAUGACGACGAUGAUAUGGGAUUUGAAAGAAAAUGA